AUGGGCCUUCUCCCCUCCUUAGGCACCUCCUACGGCCCCCUCCAGCCCCUACACGACCAUAUCAUCCGCACCGCCCAGCCAGUCACGCUCCAAACGGCCCAUCAUCUCCUUGUUUACCCACUCACCCCGCUCUUCCUCCAGGCGUGGUUAUUGCAGUAUGAGCAUACACGCAAGUAUCGAAUACCGCUCGGGAUCGCUUCUGUCUUCUUCACCUGUAUGGCGUGGAGGGGAUAUCGCUUCUACGAGCCAUUCCUCAACGCAGGCAACAACCUCCUCGGAGUGAUGUUCCUCCACUUUAUUGGCCGAGCGGUCGAAUUCGCUCUUCUCGAAGAUCCAGUCAUUGACCCUUUCAUGGCCAAAGGGCGGUCCAGGCUCAUGUGCGCAUAUGAUCUAUGCUGCAAUUCGCGCUGGAUCGGAUUACGGCCCGUCAAUGCCGUCGAAUCCUCAUCUUCUUCUAUCAAAUCUCCGGAAAGACAUACAUCGCCCACCGCACCCGUAUCUGACGACAAGUGGCUCCCGCGCCCUUCCAAGAUCCGGAUCCGGCGUCAAGCUGUCCUCAGGCAUGCUCGGUUGGCAUAUACCUACCUCCUCGCACUCGAUACCCUCCUCAACCUCCUCCGGUACUUUGGACGCGAGAAUGUCGGCCUCUCGCACGUCCCUCCAGGCGGCGUCGACAAGUUCUUCUCGGACCCCUACAUCCUCCUCCCGCGCUCCCGGUACGCCAUGCGUGCGCCGGACUUACUGGUCGACCUGUGCGUCAAGGCGUUCCUCGGCGGUGGGGUCCUGGCGAUGCUCAGUGGGGGCUAUCACCUCGCCGCGGCGGUGAUGGUCGGCUGCGGGGUUUACGAGGUGGAAGCGUGGGAGGUGGAUCUAUUCAAUGGGCCUAUGGCGGCGGGGAGUGUUCUGGAGUUUUGGGGGAAAGGAUGGCAUCAGGUCUUUCGGCACCACUUCAACCUCCUCAGCACACUUAUCGUACACCAUCUGCGCCUCCCCCGCCUCUUCCUCCUCCCCCUAGCUUUCGCCCUCUCCGGCGCCCUGCACGCCCUCGGUCAACUAUCCAUGUCCCCCUCCCCGUCCCCUCUCGACCUCUUCCUUUUCUUCUUCAUACAGUCCCUCGGCUGCCUCGCCGAGAUCAUGUGGAAACGAGUCACGGGCAAGAGAGUCGGAGGGUGGACAGGAUGGAUGUGGAAGAAUCUGUUCAUGGUCGUCACGGCGGGCGUGCCGUUACGGACGGAGUUGCAGAGUGGGCUGGGGGGGACGUGGUUUACCCCGCCCUUGGGAGGGGGGGUAUUGGCGGGGGCGAUGAUUAGGUGGGUUGUGGAUAGACCGUAG